AUGAAUCUGUCAGAUCCAUCAGACGACGAUUCUAGUAGCGAUGAAAGUCCUGUACCAGCAAAACGUCCCCGGACAGACACUUACGGUGCCUCGUCAACAACAUCGCAUGGUUCAAUUAUUCAAGAAUCUGACGAGGACUCACCUGAACCACAAUUUUCGGAAAACUAUGGGGCUAAUUCACAGAAUACAAAUAAAACCAGGUUAAGCUAUAGAGAGCAAAGUCCCAACAGACCAAAUCGAUUAAGUAGGAGCAGUCUCAGUGAGAAUUGUUCUUCUCCUACUGAUCAAUAUGAUGACUUUCGACCUGGUUUCAAAGAUAAUGACUCAGAAGAUGGUAGUGUCCGACCAAGUUUUCAGAAAUCAAAUGACAAUGCCUUUUACAACAAAACAUCAGAUGAUUCCAAAGAGUCUGAUGCUUACACUGGUGUGGGAUACUCAGAGAUUUCAAAAAGAAUGAUGAGUAAUAUGGGUCAUAAGCCUGGGAGAGGUUUGGGUAAAUUUGAACAUGGUAGAGUAGAACCAGUACAGGCAUCUACACAGAAGGGUCGGAGAGGUUUAGGUUUAAAACCAUCAGUUGUUGGUGAAGUACCUCGUGAUUUUAAAUGGUCACCAGAUGAGGCAGUGCCUGAAGCAAAGGAGGAAAUUAAUUGGAUGCCAUCAGCACCAGAAGAAACUUUGUAUGGGGACGUUUUAGAACAAUGGUUAAAGAAGGGCAAGAAGAAAACGGUAAUUGAUGAUGAGACGGAGUUUGUGGAUCCACAAAUAUUGAAAGGCAUUCUAAAUUCAAAGACCAUUUUUGACAAUUUAGAGGGUGAAGAUAUGAGACUUGCUAGAACUCGCAGUAAUCCUUAUGAGACAAUUGGUUCUGUCAUAUUUUUAAACAGAGCAGCUGUUAAAAUGGCUAACAUUGAUGCAGUUUUUGACUUUAUGUUCACAAACCCUAAGAAACCUUCUGGGGAACCUGCGGUAGAUAAGAAAGAUUUGUUGUAUUUCGCUGAUGUUUGUGCAGGCCCUGGUGGAUUCUCUGAAUAUGUUCUGUAUAGGAAAGGUUGGAGAGCAAAAGGUUUUGGUUUCACAUUAAAAGGUUCAAAUGAUUUCAAAUUAUCUGAUUUCUUUGCUGGUGCCCCAGAAACAUUCAAUCCUUAUUAUGGGGUUAAGGAAGAUGGAAAUAUCUUUGAUCCAGCCAAUUUGUCAUCUUUGAAGGAGUUUGUUUUAAAACAAACAGAUGAUGUUGGUGUCCAUUUUCUUAUGGCAGAUGGAGGAUUUUCAGUUGACGGACAAGAAAAUAUCCAGGAAAUAUUGUCAAAGCAGCUGUAUUUAUGUCAGUGUCUUGCAGCUCUAAUGCUUGUUAGAACUGGCGGCCAUUUUGUGUGUAAGCUGUUUGAUGUAUUCACACAAUUUAGUGUUGGUCUCAUUUACAUUAUGUAUAGGUGUUUUGAAAAAGUGUGUAUUUUUAAACCUGUCACAUCUAGACCGGCUAACUCCGAGCGUUAUAUAGUGUGUAAGUGUAAGAAAGCCGGCACUGAAUCCGUUGAGAAACACUUAUUUUCUGUUAAUUCUAUUCUAUGGAAUAAUCGGACGAAGGACGAUGACGUCACACAACUUGUCCCCCUAUCAGUUAUACAAGAGGAUAGAGCCUUCUAUGAAUACAUAUAUAAGAGUAAUUGUGUAAUAGGGGAAAGACAAAUCAAGAAUCUGUUGAAAAUAGCUGAAUUCAGCAAAAAUAAAAAGCUUCAAGAGGACUCUCAGGCUGAGAUGAGAGAGCAAUGCUUGAAGUUAUGGAAUUUGCCAGAUAAAGUACGCACAAAACCAGAACGUAGGAGUGCUGAUGAUACACUAUCACAUAUAUUGAAGACCUCAGCAAAAACACAAUUGGAAUCACACAGUCCGUAUUCAUUUAAGCACAGUGUUCUCAACAGACAGCCGAAGUAUCUCGAGAAAUCAUCAGAUUUGAGUAGCACCUUCAUUAAUGUGUAUGACUGGCAUUUCACAUUCCUCAGUAGUGUUAAAGGAAGUUCCGAUUUGAGGAUAUUCAUAGCAUGUGGUGGCAAACAGGUUUAUCAGCUUGAUGGCACCUUUUGGAGGAAUGUAGCCGAUUUACAUUUGACAUUGCCAGCACACACAUUAUUAUAUGGAGAGAUAGUGCGAGAGUAUAGAGGUGAAGGCAACAAUCAGAUGCACAAUAAAGCACUUCAUGUGAUAGACGCUCUCAUGCUUGGAGGCAUUGAUAUAUCAUUAAUGCCACUCACUGAUCGUAUUAGUCAAUGUACUCUAUUUUGCAACGCACUUGAAAAAACCGAUGACACACAAGCCCUUGCAAUCAGAUGUAAGAGGUUCUACCCAUUGGAAUCUUUCCCAACGUCCGUGGAUAAUUUGGAAUAUAGAGCAAUGAAGAGAAUUAAAAAGGCUUUAACUGUGGACAUACCGAAACGAGGCAACCGAAACGAUAUGUUCCAUACUGUUGGAUCGUUACUAUUCAUGAAGGAGUUGAAAGAGCCAUGGAUAGCACAAAUAUCAAAGAAGAGCGGUUGCAAGUAUUAUUACUGCAUCGGACCGGACAGGAAGCCACGUAGCGAAUACUAUAUACCGGAAGCAGCCGGUUUAGACAUGUUGAGCGCAUAUUCUAGCAGAAUUUUGUGGAAUUGGGAGGCAGCUUCAGCCAUCUUUGAAGGACAUCCAAACGCACCUAUGACCAGAUCGCACAUGGAAGAAUAUAUACGCAGUCAGACGUGA